UCGAGAGCGCAGUUUAGCGCCGAAUUAUAAUCCGCGCUGCCCCCUUUUUAUUUGAGGUCGCGGGCGGCAAAUUCCGAGAAACGUUCGGGACGCCCGAGAGAAGGCGCCGCUUUUGGAAAAGGGCGUUCCGUCCUCCCUUGGCGAGCGACCUACCACUCUCCCCUCUCCGCGGGUUUGGCCCUGGGUUUACACUGUGACCUAUAGGACGGGGUUGUUCUGCAAGCGAUGCCGCCGCCGCCGCCGCCCGUCAUAAAAGUUUUACGUAGUUCAGCGGCGAGGGCUGGCGCCUGGAGGAGGGAAGGGGCCUAGCCGGGCGACCGGCUGGUCUACCAAAACGCCGCCCGAGUUUGCAGGACGGGGCCGCGGCUGCUCCGUGCCCAACAUGGGGGUGACCGUGGAGGCCCAGAGAGUUUAUAAAUAUCCUUUCGAGCAGGUGGUGGCCAGUUACCUCCGCAAGUAUCCCAGUACCAUGGAGAAAAAUGUUAUUGCUGUAAAAACAGUAGAAGAGAAAACAGACUUGUCUACAGGAGUCAUAUAUCGGAGAAGGAUUGCAACAUGCCAAAAUGUAAUUCCACACAUUUUAAGAAAGAUUAGUACCCUGAAAGUAUCAGAAGUCUACUUAGAAGAGGAGUCGUGGCUUAAUAUGCAAGAUAGAAUUAUGUCUAUGAAGACUCAUUGUCUUACGUGGACAGAGUAUGCCACCCUAAAUGAAGAAUCAGUCUUCAGAGAAAGCUCUGAAAAUCCAAAUUGGACAGAGUUUGUUCAGAAAGGAAAUAUAACAGUAAAAGGCACUGGAUUGCUGAAUUGCUUACUGGAAAUUUUUGCAAAAUCCUUUUUAAAUCAAGGAGUCAAAAGGAGUAUUUCAAUCAUGGAAAGACUUCUGCAAGACCAGUUUGGAGGGCCUGUUUUAUAGUAAAAAAUGAACUAAAGUCUCUGUAUAUCUAAGUUAAUACAUAGGACUACAUCCUUACUUCCAACCUUACAUUUUACUGAAGUUAACCCUGUGGGUUGUUUUAAUGAAGAA